AAUAAUAAUAAUAAUAAAACACAACAUCAAAAUAAAAUAAAUAAACAUAAAUAGUUCCGGGUGAUGGUUGCAGUGUUUGGCUGGACUACCAGAGGAUGUGGGUGGACAGUUACGGGCUACACAAUGUCCAUCAUAGCCUCCAUUUACAUCCUUUUGGACUCUGCAGAUAUGGCAUGCAGAGGAUCUUCGACGAAUUCCAAAGUGCGAUAGUCACUAAUGUCAACCUUCACAGAUGGCAUAACCAUCACUCUACAGUCAGUGAUAUAGGGGAGAUGGAUCCUUGAGGGCCUGGACUAAUCUAUUAUCUGAGCAAGGGUGAUCUUCAAGCCCAGCAUUUUGUGAACGCUGGUACUAAAUAGGGGCAACGGCAAGGUGCAUGACGACAUUUAGCUCAAAGUGACUAGAGAGUGGAUUCCAGCUCCAACAGAGAAUCCAGUCGGGGAAGUGGUUUGGCUGCUCACUCUGGCAGUGAGUGUGAAGAGGAUAACACACUACAUACAUGACUGGGUAUAUAGGGUGGAGAAGGGUGGUGUCCCCGUGUAAUCAAAAGCCUAGUACUCUCAGCACAUGGUCCUACUCAAGCUCCUCUAACCCCUUUCAGUGUGCGAAAUCCAAGUAUCAGCAGUGGAACCAGUGGAAAGGAACAUCAGGAGAUAACCUUCAAAGAUAGUUUAGAGCUUUACAAAGCCUCAGUAGAAUUGCCUUUUACAGCAGUGGAAAAAUACGGCAGCUACCAUUCAGAGCUGAGAUUGAGGACUCGUUUUGCAAGGAUGACAAUGUGAGGCCAGCAUCAAUCAAAUGUCCCUGUCAGCAGGCACUCCGCCACCACUGAGGUCUCUUCAGAGGCAAUUGCAUGUGCAUCCAGUCUCUUUCUUUCAGGUCCAAAGCUAUUAGCAUUUAGCGAUUCCCUCUGUCAGUCAGUGGAAACAGCACAAGAUAUUCACUACCACUUUUUCCUCCAACAUCCCGUUGCAUUGCUGCUGGAGUGGAACCCUUGUCUGGCUUCCUAUUCUCUUCUUGAUGGCGUUCAGUAGCCAUUGCAGAGCUGUAUACUUUACUAAGAUUGAUUUCACUGAAAAUGCUUGAUGUAACCUUGAGCUUCAGAUGCAUCAUCCUGCUCUUGAUUGACUCUAUUGUUCUCAUUUGAUCUGCUGGGAUAAAUCCCUUAUAUUUCUGUUACAUCCAUUUUACCUUUACACCAGGCCAGCCAGCGGAGGAUGGGCUCCCCCUCUAUAGCCGGGUUCCUCUCGAGAUUUCUUCCCAAAGGGGAGUUUUUUCUCGCCACUGUUUGGGGAAUUUAUUACCUCAUAUGCUUGCUAUUUGGGGGUUUAGGCCUGGUCUAUCGCCCUUCUCUUACUCUGUAAAGAGUUUGCAUUCCUGUGGGGCACUUUUCUGAACAUAUUCCCAAUGUCAUGGUCCAGGAAGCUGACUCACUUUCAGAAACCUUGGUACUUGGUAAGGUUGAGCCAGAGGUUGUUUUUACUGAUGCACUUAAGCAGAGGACAGAUGUCGGCUAACAAAAUGUUAAAGGAAUAGGUGUUGACCAUGAUGUCAUUGAGGUAGACAAUGCAGGCUGUUGCUGGAACAGCUUGGAGUAUCUCUUCCAUCAGCCGUUCGAAUGUCAUAGAGCUCUUCAUUCGAAAGGCUUCAUUGUGAAUUCCCACAAUCCUCCACUAGGAUCUUUGGUAGGAGAGUCACUGUCCUCGCAUAAGUGCCAGGAUCAUUGGUAGGAGAGCCACUGUCAUUGCAUACGUGCCAGGACCUUUGGUAGGAGAGCCACUGUCGAAGCAUACGUGCCAGGACACAGCUGAACAGGACGAAGCAAGAGCCACACAUUGUCCUUGGCUGAAGUGAGUAGAGAUGAAGAUCAGGUACUUGGCUCAGACCAGAAGAAUGAUAAAAAAGGUGUCCUCCAAAGAGGGGGGGGUGGUGGAGGGCAGAAGACCCUACAAGUACUAACCAGUGGAAGUGGUGCCAGGAUCUUUGGUAGGAGAGUCACUGUCCUCGCACACGUGCCAGGAUCUUUGGUAGGAGAGUCACUGUCCUUGCAUAACUGCCAGGAUCGUUGGUAGGAGAGUCAGUCACUGUCCUCGCACACGUGCCAGGAUCUUUGGUAGGAGAGUCACUGUCCUCGCACACGUGCCAGGAUCUUUGGUAGGAGAGUCACUGUCCUCGCACACGUGCCAGGAUCUUUGGUAGGAGAGUCACUGUCCUCGCACACGUGCCAGGAUCUUUGGUAGGAGAGUCACUGUCCUCGCACACGUGCCAGGAUCUUUGGUAGGAGAGUCACUGUCCUCGCACACAUGCCAGGAUCUUUGGUAGGAGAGUCACUGUCCUCGCAUAAGUGCCAGGAUCUUUGGUAGGAGAGUCACUGUCCUCGCACACGUGCCAGGAUCUUUGGUAGGAGAGUCACUGUCCUCGCACACGUGCCAGGAUCUUUGGUAGGAGAGUCACUGUCCUCGCACACGUGCCAGGAUCUUUGGUAGGAGAGUCACUGUCCUCGCACACGUGCCAGGAUCUUUGGUAGGAGAGUCACUGUCCUCGCAUAAGUGCCAGGAUCUUUGGUAGGAGAGUCACUGUCCUGCACACGUGCCAGGAUCUUUGGUAGGAGAGUCACUGUCCUCGCACACGUGCCAGGAUCUUUGGUAGGAGAGUCACUGUCCUCGCACACGUGCCAGGAUCUUUGGUAGGAGAGUCACUGUCUUCGCAUAAGUGCCAGGACACAGCUGCACAGGAUGAAGCAAGAGCCACACAUUGUCCUUGGCUGAAGUGAGUAGAGGAGAAGAUCAGGUACUUGGUUCAGGCCAGAAGAAUAAUAACAAAGGUGUCCUCCGAUGAGGGGGGGUGGUGGUGGGCAAGAAAAACUAUACCAUGCUGAACAGUGGACGUACUGUCAGGAUCUUUGGUAGGAGAGCCACUGUCUUUGCAUAAGUGCCAGGAUCUUUGGUAUGAGAGUCACUUUGGUUGCUUAAGUGCAAACCACGUGCAACACUGCAGAACACAGGUGGAAGCAUGAUCAUCAUGCUGGCUUCAAGCUGCAGAGUGCAGACCAGUGGAUACAGCUACUUUGCUGUGGCCAGAACACUGAUAACAAAGAUGUCCCCCGAGGAGGGGGGGUGGUGGUGGGCAAGAAAACCCUUAAGGUACUAACCAUUGGCCGUAGUGCCAGGAUCUUUGGUAGGAGAGUCACUGUCGUUGCAUAAGUGCCAGGAUCUUUGAUAGGAGAGUCACUGUCGGUGGAUCGGGUGUGGUAAUGCAUCUUCUGGCUGGGAGCCAACGCUUUAGCGAAGACCUGUCCUUCGCAGUUCUUUCUCUAAUCGCUUCGGAGUUCUUUUGUCUUUCUCUUUUUUUUCUGUGUGGGAGCACACAGAAAAAAACACACCUUAGUGAAAACCACAAUUGCCACAUCUCACUCCCAAGGGUGUCACAUGGUUCUGUGACAUCCACGUGCAACGCCGGUGAACACAGGUGGAAGCCAGAUCAUCAUGCUGGCUUCAAGCUGAAGAGUGCAGACCAGUGGAUGCACCUACUCUGCUGUGGCCAGACCACUGAUAACAAAGAUGUCCCCCGAGGAGGGGGGGGUGGUGGUGGGCAAGAAAAAAAAAAGGUGGACUGGCGCAUGGAGCUCCAUCCCGAACUGCAACACAGCAGGGACUGCAGGCCUUUGAUUCCUGCACUGCCGAGCGGUAGGCCAGGAGGACCAGGGUCAGGUGUGCGCGUCCCAGUUUCUCUUCAUUUUCGCAUAAGCAUCACCAGCUGCAUUGGCAGGACUAGUGGGGUGGUGCGGGCGCCCGCUAGGGGUCCCUGCCCCGGGGUCCCUCUGUUUCUCUCUUCUCCCAGUGUCCAGGAUGAAUGGCUUUGCUGGAUCUGCCAGGGCGAGUACCGUGGUGGUGACCAGAGCAGUUGUACCAAGACGAGGCUUCAUGCACCCUGGAGUUCACCCGAAGGUGAACGGGAAGGACGUCUCCAAGGUGACGGCGGAGGAGGCAACGGCGGAGGCCUUGCGCAGCGGCGGGGACCCCAUGGCGGCGCAGGUCCCGCGACGGAACCCCGCCUCCCCGGACGGCCAUGGCAACCCACGGGACGCGCGGCUGGCGGACGUCUGCACGCAGACCGACAUCACCUUCCAGCACAUCAUGGCCCUGGCCAAGCUCCGCCCCCUCACCCCCCCGCUGCCCGACCUGUGUCCCUUCCUGCUGUCCGACAGCUGUCACUCACUGCAGACCGUGGAGCAGGAGUUCUACGAGGGCACGGAGUACCUCUCUCACACCCCCGCCAGCGGAGAGAGGGCGGACGAGUUCGAGUACGAGGAGGUGGAGCUGUGUCGGCUGAACAGCCAGGAGAAGCUGGGCCUGACGCUGUGCUACAGGACGGACGAGGAGGAGGACGCCGGCAUAUACGUCAGCGAGGUGGGCCAGGACAGCGUCGCCGCCAGAGACGGACGCAUCAGGGAAGGGGAUCGAAUCUUACAGAUAAACGGCCAGGACGUCCAGAACAGGGAGGAGGCGAUGACCGCGCUGUCCAACGAGGACUGCCGAAACAUCCUGCUUCUGGUGGCCAGGCCUGAAAUACAGCUGGAGGAGGGGUGGCUGGACGACGAGCAGGGCCGCUUCCUGGAGGAGCUGAAGAUGGAGAUGUUGGAAGAGCAGCGGGAGGAGGAGGACCAGCACACGAGCAGCGGAGAGCAGCAGCCCAAAGGCUGUGAGGAAGAGGAUGAUGAAGAGGAGACCACCACAGACGCGACCACCCGUUCCUCCAACACCCAGGACCCGGUGGAACCGGAAGCGGAAGCGGGGCCCCCAUCCUGCGCGAUGGAGCAGGAGGGCAUGCAGCGGGAGCUGCGCCUCCUCAGCGAGGAGCUGAGGAGCAUCGAGCGCGAGUGCCAGAGCAUCAUGCAGGCCCGCCGGCUCCGCCUGGCCCGGGACCCCGCCCCCGGCCCCGGCCCCGCCCCCGCCCCCGGCCCCGCCCACGCCGACAAGGACAGCUCCAGUGCCUACGACACGGCCGAGAGCUGCCGGAGCACGCCACCGCCGCCGGCCCGCCGCCGCUCCCCCGACCGCUCUGCCCAGAGCGCCGUGAGCGCCGCCAACCUGAGGAACCUGAGCAGGACCGCCGCCCCGCCCGCACCGUGCCUCUCCCCGAGUCGCCACGGCGACGUCCCGGCGCCCGCCCGCCGCUACCAGAGCUCCGCGCACCUGGUGCAGCAGAGUCAGCUCGGCCUGCCGACCGCGGGCCGAGACCCGCCCCCGCCGCGCGCCGAGUGGAGGGCCCAGCGCUGCCCGGCCCGGCGGCCCGCCCGCGACCGCCUCCUCCGCGAGCGCGCCCUGAAGAUCCGCGAGGAGCGGGGCGGCGGGGGCGGGGGCACCACCACGGACGACGACGCCGCCAGCGAGCUGAAGCUGGGCCGCUACUGGAGCAGGGAGGAGCGCAAGCAGCACCUCCUGCGGGCCCGGGAGCAGCGGCGCCGGCGGGAGUUCAUGGUGAGGAGCCGGCUGGAGAGCCUGAGGGAGAGCCCGCAGAGCGGGGGCGAGGGGGGCGGCGGGGGCGGAGGCGGGGGCCGGAAGGAGGUCUCCAUCCUGGAGCUCAGCCGCAGGAAGAUGAUGAGGAAGCGCAGGCGGAAGAUUCUGGAUAACUGGAUGACCAUCCAGGAGCUGAUGAGCCACGGGGCCCGGAGACCAGAGGACACCGGCGUGCACAGCGCCUUCCUGUCCGUCACCACCGUAUGAGCCCCGCCCCUUCCUGUCCAUCACCACCGUAUGAGCCCCGCCCCUUCCUGUCUGUCACCACCGUAUGAUCCCCGCCCCUUCCUGUCCGUCACCACCAUAUGAGCCUCGCCCCUCUCCUGUCUUCAC